CAGCAGGAAGGCAGCCUCCUGUGUUAUAACCCCCCCCUGCCUCCAUCCACAGUGCAGCUUGAGCACACGGCUCUUCAGUGGGGGGUGGGAUCUGUUUCUAAAGCGGAGGGAUGCUCAUGCUGGACCACUCAGACUGGAAAUCCCUUUUCACAGGCACGCCGCACACACACACGCACGCACGCAUGCACACAAGCGCACGCCAGAGCUGACCGCAGUGAGACGCCCUCGAGCUUUCAGCAUCUGCGCUGCCUCUCUCCUCCCUCUCCUGUUUGUCUUCUUUCAUGCUGUGCAGCUCCUCAGCUCUCCAUCCUCCACAACUCACUCGCCGCACUCCUCGUCGCAUCUGAGCCCAGCUGAACCACCAGAACCGGGAAUAUGUCCUCCAACUUGCCCUCUGGGACAGCAGCGGGGGCUACUGGGGUAAAAAACAAACCCCUGUCCCCAUACAAGAAGAGGGGCAGCCUGCAGUACACGGCGAGCACAGCCGUUGAUCUCCGUGGUCCUCGCCGCCUCCUAACUUCCCAGCAUUCCUUGCCUGGGAUCCCAGUCGCCUUGAAACAAUCCAUUGACCUGCGCACAUCCAUGGACGGGAAGUACAAGGAGAUAGCUGAGGAGCUGUUCUCUCGCAGCCUGGCAGAGAGCGAGAUGAGGAGCGCUCCUUAUGAGUUUCCUGAGGACAGUCCCAUCGAGCAGCUGGAGGAGAAACGUCACCGUCUGGAGCGGCAGAUCAGUCAGGAUAUCAAGUUUGAACCUGACAUCCUCCUGCGAGCUAAACAGGAGUUCAUGAAGACUGACAGUGCCACGGAUCUCGAAUACAUGAAAGAGCAGAGCCAGGCUCCCGACCAGCAGGAGCGAGAUCUGACUCAGGAGGGAGAAUACCAGAGAGUCGCCAUCUCUGGAGAGGAGAAAUGUGGGGUUCCAUUCACAGAUUUGUUGGAUGCGGCCAAAUGUGUGGUGAAAGCUCUGUUCAUCAGGCAGAAGUACAUGGGUCUGUCACUGCAGGCGUUCUGCAGAACCACCACUCGUUACCUGCAGGAGCUGAGCGAGAGGCCUCUGGACUUCGAUGCCUACGAGGAAGAGUUUCCAGAGACGACUGUCACUGCAAACGCCACCGUGCACCCGCCAGUUUCCAAAACGCACCCAUACGACAACCUGAACCCCGCCAGCAUGCCCCCGGAUUUGGGCUACGGCUGCAAGAUGGUGAACGGCGUCAUGCAUGUGUACACCAAGAGGAACUUCAUGGAGAAGAGCACAGAAUUGGACCUUCCAUAUCCAGACCUGCAGGAGUACAUUGCUGACAUGAACGUCAUGAUGGCGCUGAUUAUCAACGGACCUGUAAAGUCCUUCUGUUAUCGCCGUCUACAAUAUCUGAGCUCAAAGUUCCAGAUGCACAUUCUACUGAAUGAAAUGAAAGAGCUGGCAGCCCAGAAGAAAGUCCCACACCGAGACUUUUACAAUAUCCGUAAGGUUGACACUCACAUUCAUGCUUCAUCGUGCAUGAAUCAGAAACAUCUCCUACGUUUUAUCAAAAGAGCCAUGAAGAAGUAUCCCAAAGAUAUCGUGCACGUGGAGAAGGGCAAAGGCCAGACGCUCAUGGAGGUGUUUGAGAGUAUGAACCUGACAGCCUUCGACCUGAGUGUUGACACGCUGGACAUGCAUGCAGACCGUAACACCUUUCAUAGAUUUGACAAGUUCAAUGCCAAGUACAACCCCAUCGGCGAGUCCAUCCUGAGAGAGAUCUUCAUUAAAACUGACAACUACAUCGAAGGGAAAUACUUUGGUCAUAUCGUCAAGGAGGUGAUGGCUGACCUGGAGGAGAGCAAAUACCAGAACGUAGAGCUCAGGUUGUCCAUCUACGGGCGCUCUGGAGACGAGUGGGACAAACUGGCCAUGUGGGCCGUCAAACAUGGAGUCUACUCAGACAACGUGCGCUGGCUUGUGCAAGUGCCAAGACUUUUUGAUGUCUACCACACAAAGAAACAGCUGUCCAACUUCCAGGAGAUGCUGGAAAACAUAUUCAAGCCUCUGUUUGAAGUCACCGUCAACCCCAGCAGCCACCCAGAGCUCCACCUCUUCCUUCAACACGUUGUUGGUCUGGACAGUGUGGAUGAUGAAUCAAAGCCAGAGCAGCACAUCUUCAACCUGGACAGUCCACUACCCGCCAACUGGACAGAGGAAGACAACCCGCCCUACUCCUACUACCUCUACUACAUGUAUGCAAACAUGACUGUGCUCAAUCACCUACGCAGGCAGCGUGGGUUUCACACGCUCGUCCUCCGUCCUCACUGUGGGGAAGCAGGGCCCAUCCAUCACCUGGUGUCUGGUUUCAUGCUGUCAGAGAACAUCUCCCACGGGCUGCUGCUCAGGAAGGCUCCUGUGCUGCAGUAUCUGUAUUACUUGGCUCAGAUCGGCAUCGCCAUGUCUCCUCUCAGCAAUAACAGUCUAUUCCUCAGCUACCACCGCAACCCUCUGCCAGAGUACCUGUCCAGGGGGCUGAUGGUCUCUCUGUCUACAGAUGAUCCUCUGCAGUUCCACUUUACCAAGGAGCCGUUGAUGGAGGAGUACAGCAUUGCUGCCCAGGUGUGGAAGCUGAGCUCCUGUGACAUGUGUGAGCUGGCCAGAAACAGCGUGUUGAUGAGCGGAUUCUCUCACAAGGUAUCAGCCAUCAGAAGAAUUCCUAAAUAUUCAGUUUUUUAUUUUUUUUUAAUCCCUAACCAACGUUUGUUUGUGACUCAGGCGAAGAGCUACUGGCUUGGCCCCAACUACAUCAAGGAAGGCCGGGAGAGCAACGACAUCCGACGCUCCAAUGUUCCUGACAUCCGCGUGGCGUACCGCUACGAGACUAUGUGUGAGGAGCUGAAUUUAAUCACGCAGGCCAUUCGCACCGAUGAACUGGAGACCAUUGAGGAGGAGGGGGCUCUGUGUAUGGGGGCGGUGCAUGCGGAGAAGUGAGCAUGCAGCAGAAAGCCAAACACAUUCCCCUCCUGUGGUGUUUUCAGGACUUUAUGUUUUUUUUUUUAUUUAUUUAAAUGCAGAUGUUCAUUUGUGGGAGAGGAUUUGACAAAGUCAAACUGUCAAAUUUUAUUUGUGUAAGCCAAUUAUAUUGAAAAUAAAUGUAUAUCUAUAUUUAUAUCAAAAUGUAAUUAGGUCUAAUUUGAUUAUUUAUUUGAAAUUAUAGAAUAAUUAUUGCUAGAAGACUGCAUCUUCUAUUUGUUGUAGUUCAGUUUGGGGAGGCUCCUUCAGGGCGGUAGUUUUUUUUUUUUUUUAAUUGAACCUUUAUUUAUCUAGACAAAACUUAAGAUUUAUCCCAAUAUUUUCAUUUUCAACUAAUUGAAACGACAAGACGUUCAGUAAAUCACCAGAAUGGACAAACUAGCAUUUGCAUACAGCGAAAGCUAAAAGAUGCGACCAUUGCAUCAUGGGAGUGACCACAUUUUUUGGAACAUCAAUAAUGGAAUUGAACAUCACUUCACACUUCAUUUAUUCGCAGUUUUUGUCAGUUCAAAUUGCUGUUUUUGUUUCCAGGGGGGACAGCGCACAAAGGUACAUUACAGGUGACCUAAAGAAAGUACUUUUAAGCAGUGGAGGAGCUAAAACAUUUUAUUUCAAGGGGUGGGGGGGCAGAAGACUUUGGAAGAGUGGCAAAAGAGAAUGGCGAAUUGAAGGCCAUUAAAUCGGUUUUAUUUAUUUAAUACUUCUUUAGCAUUUGCGAUGCUGAAAGAAGCUUUUUUUAGUCUCUGCCAAUAAUGAUACUAAUGUUGACACCAAAAUUGAGAAGCCAAUGGGGGGGCAGAGCUUUAUGCUGGAGGGGCAGCUGAUCCUCACUGUAGCUCCGCCCCUGUUUUAGGUAAUAAAAAAGCACAGUGUGGAUUGCUCUACAAAAGAAAAAGUUGAGACUGAUGCAUCACUUUGAAGCACCUUAAGGUUUUUUGAAAGACUUUAAGACAUGUUGACAAUUUAAAUGCAUGGUGUUUAUUUAUUCAUUUAUUUUUCUGUUAUUUUUUGUUUGUUUGUUUGUUUGUUUUUUAAGUGCAUUUUUAGCCCUGACAAUAGUAAAAAAAAAUAACUGUUCUAAAAGUGAAGUGCAUGUUUGAUUGAAAUAAAAAAAAAAAUCUAACAUUUUUACAGAAUGUUUAAAAGUGAUAAGAGCUAAAAGUCCCACUCCAACUGCAUUUUUAUCCAUUGUAAAAUAGAGUAUUUUUUAUUUUAGAUUUUUCAAUUUUCAUUGGAGUGGAUCUUUAGUGUAUUUCUUAUGAAUUGUGGCUACAAAACUUAACUUUGAACUGAAAUGACCCAAAAAAAGACAUAAAUGGUCUUUCAGGCCUCUGUAAAGCAAUCUUACAGUUAGUCCAACAGAUUGAUUCAACUAUGUUCAUGGAUAUAUGAAAGUCACAUUCAUAUAAGUUCAUGCAGCGAUGCUCAAAAAUAAAGCCCUAAAAGCUUUGACAAAAUGAAAAAUGUAAGGUCAUGCACUAAACUCGAAGGAUCAACAAGACUUUUAGGGGGAUUUUAGAACUGAGACUUAUUGCUUACAUAAAAAUACCAGAACCCAUCUGAAAGGUAUGACUUUGAAAAAAGCAAACGUGCUUCCCAGCACCAGCCGGUGCCUCUAUAAUGUAGUGUCUCCAAUGCAGCACCGAGAUCUAGGAGGAGAUUUAACAGAAUUUCUUCAUCUUACAUGAGAAUAUUACAGUCAGAGAUGUUCUUGUGCUUUUAUCCAACCAAUCACAAUAAGACAACUGAGAAACGCUGGAAUGUGUGUCUUCGGGUGUUUGCUUCCUCUUAUGGGCCCACACUGUAUUUGAUCUGUGUGGUCUGCUUGUUUUAUGCUGGAACAUAUCUUUUAAAAUGUAUUUUAUGGCUCUGUUAUGUUUAUUAUUUUGGCAUUUAUUUUGAGUUAAACUGUAGUUUGCUACAUGGGGAAUGGCUGGACCUGAAUGCAAACAGUUGAGAAAAAAAUUGACAACUUAAUUUAUCUGAUUUCAUUUUGGGCUUAAAUUAGCCCAUUGAUUUAGUAGAAGAGUUUAGUUAACAUGAAAUAUGUAAAACAUAUAUGUGUUUUGUUUUAUAAAGAUGUUGGGGAUUCUCAGACGCUCUGACACUCAUGCGGAGAUAGCCAGUACAUACAAGACUUUCUUGCACAUCAUGUACCUACAGCUGUCUUUCUUCCUCCAUUCUUUGCUCCGACGGGGCUUUCCAUUGUGGUGCAGAAAGGUAGUUUUUCACUAAACCUGUAGUUAAAAAUGUACAUAAACACACAGAUUUUUGUUACUUCUUCCAGAUGGUAAAUCAAGUGAAACAAAUCCAGUUGAAGUACAGUUUUUGCUUUAAAAAAUGUAUUUGAAUGUGUUACAUUUUGGACAAAAUCAUAAUACGUUUUUAUUUGAUAUAACAUGUUAAAGCCUCAAAUUCAAAAUGUUUAAAUGAAGUCAUUCUAAAGAAUAAUGCUUGAUGACUCUCUGGACAUGAACAGCUGCUGUUAAAUAUCUCAAUAUUGAUGAUUAAAGUCAGCAAUUUCACCUCAUUAUAACAUCAUAGACUUAUUUUUGAGAAAUAAAUUGAGUGGAUUUGACAGUUUGGAGUCCACACUGCUGGAUUAUAGAGACAUGGAGCUUUAGGGCUGUUUUUCUUUGGCUCCAUAACACUGGGUGACUCGCUCAUCUUUUAUUCAAUGUGACGUGGAUGAUAGGCAAGGGCAUGUAAGAUCCACUUUCUUUUGUGGUUAAAAUAUUUUUUUUUACAUAAUACCAAAGUCAUGAGAUCAUUCCAAGCUUACAUCGUAUUAAAAGUCAACCACAGUAACUUUAGAUCUUAACUGUUUAACUUAAUUAAACAUGUGACGACUAAAAAAAAUACUUUUAUUAAUUUGUUAACAGAGAUUUUUUUGGAAAGCACACAUUCAGAAGUAUAAUUUUGUUUUUAAAAAGUUAAGUUCAGGUUUUAUUAUCACUCAAAAUGAUGGAAAAAGCGCUACUAAUAUUUUGUCUGCAGCUCUAAUUUCCCUGCAAAUUAAAAUGUUCACAUAAAGCAACGCUUUUUCACUUGAAGUGAUUAUAAAACAGUGAAGAGGGCUUACAUUUAAAAAGAAAGCAUAUUUUGUGAGAUGUCUUGAUAUUCUCCUCAGUGCCUCAUGUUAGAAAAAAGAUCUUGAUCCUCUGUAUUACAUGUGAUAACUAGUUUUUGCAGUCAUUUGAUGAACUCUGAGGCUGCAUGACGGCAUGUCAGUAGAGUCUGUUUUUGUGCAAAUAAUUCCUAUUUCAGGACAGUCUUUUUUUUUUUUUUUUUUUUUUUUUUGCUGGAAUUCUGACAGUUUGCUAUUUGUUUUCACGCAGCCAUAUCAAAAAUGCAUUUGCUUCAGAGUGAAAGCACAGUCAGCUAAAUUUGCUUUUCAUUUUUCAUUAUUGAAACUGUUCUGAAACCACAAAGAAAUCCUCCCAAAAAUGUGCUUGUGCUGUUUGUGAAAUACUGUGUAUUUGUGUCUGACAAACGAAAUAAUAAAUAAAUGAAUUUAUUGUUAGA